CUAUCGCGCCGGAAGAGAAGAAGCUCCUUUCCCCAGCCAUCUUGUGGCUUCACCUAGCGAAGUGUUCGCACCAAACCUCGUAGAAUCGGAGGAAAAUCCUGCUGAAGGGGCGCCAUCAUGCCCGGACAAAUGCAAGAAGGUUUUGGUAUCGCCGUAACCAAUCGGUACGACCAACUAUUGGACGAUGAAUCGGACCCGUUUGAGCUGAUGAAGCAGGCUCAGGCGGAGUCGAAGAAGAAAAAGGAGGCUGCCGCUCCUGGGGCCGCCAAGUCUGCAGCCCAAGCGGCCAAACAGCCCAAAAAGGAGUCCCAAAAAGACAGAAAGACUCCGCUGACUGACAAAAAGGCGGAGCCCCAGGCUCCCGUCCCGCUCAAGAAAGAUGGCGUCGGCAUGAGGAGAAUGGGCCGCAAGCCGGAGGGCGAAGGCCCGAGACCCCAGGGCGCCCAGCAGGGAGAGGGACGCCCACCCGCAGACAGACGGCCGGUGGACAGGCGGCCACCCCGCCGCUUCGAGAGGCCCCCCGGCGAGCCUGGCGAGAAGCCAGAGGGAGGCGAAUUCUCCGUGGAGAAGCCUGUUGGCGACAGGCCGAUGAGGGGUCGCGGUGGCGGCAGGGGCUUCCGCGGAGGCAGAGGGCGCGGCAUGGGUCGCAGCGACGGCUUUGACUCAAGAGGAAAACGGGAAUUUGACAGACACAGUGGCAGUGACCGAUCUGGUCUAAAAGGCGAAGAGAAGCGAGGUGGAAGUGGAUCUCACAACUGGGGCACAGUAAAGGAUGAACUCAAUGAACUCGACCAGUCAAAUGUCACCGAGGAGAACACUGAAGGCGAGGAGCAUCCACCUGCCGACUCUGAAAACAAAAGGGAGAAUGAGGUGGAAGAGGUGAAGGAGGAAGGCCCCAAAGAGAUGACCCUAGACGAGUGGAAGGCCAUGCAGGACAAAGAGCGCGCCAAGGUGGAGUUCAACAUCCGCAAGGCCAAUGAGGGUGCGGACUGGAACAAAGGAUUCGUGCUGCACAAAUCCAAAGCCGCCGGUAAAAAGGAUGAGCUGAUAGAUCCAGAGCCGUUUGAGCCUAAGAUGGAAGAAGAGCCCCACUUCCGCAAGCCGGCCAACGACAUCACGUCCCAGCUGGAAAUCAACUUCGGAGAUUUAGGGCGCCCGGGCCGCGGACGCGGCGGGCCACGCGGUGGUGGCGGCGGGCGGGGCGGACGUGGCCGUGGCGGCCCACCCCCUGGUGAACGCGGUGGUGAAGCUCCCAGGACGACGCGUGGAGGUGGAGGAAGGCCAGAGAAGUCGACCACGUCGGUGCCCAAUGUGGAUGACCCCGAGGCCUUCCCGGCCCUGGCCUGAGAGCCUUGGCCACACUGGGGGAAAGGGGUGGGGCACAGGAAGCCCCCCCCCCCCCCCGCCGGCCCCUAAGCACCUCCACUACGAGGCUUGCAUGUUCCUGGAUCCUUCAGCUAAGUGAAACGACGGGAGGAGACUGUCAUGAACUGUGACACUCGACGUCAGGACUGCGUUUUACCCAAGAAAAACAAAACAGAUGGACAAAAAAAACAAAUUAACAAAAAAAAAACACAAAAAAGAAAAUGGACUUCUUGCUACUCGGUAGCUGCUUAUUGGUAGAGGUUUUUUUUACUUGGAAACAACGUAGCAGGGAUGCUUUCAUACAGUAUUUUUUUCAGAGGUUAUGCUUUUGUCCAUUGAUAGAAUCUUUUGUAAUUGCUUUAAAAAAAAUCCGCAUUUGGAAAACAGUUCAUCUUUUGCGUGGUGUGCGCCGCUGCCAGUUUGGCGGUGGGGUCGCCGUUCACGGCUGCACUCAUUGAGAUUUGUCUUUGUUCUGCUUCAGCACUGGGAUAUUGUUUUGUAUUUUCUACACAGGAAGGUCGAUGUUCUUAAGAUCAGUGGCCUGUAAAACUAUUUUCAUAAAUUCUUUUGAAUUGAUUGUAUUUGACCACAGUGCAAACAGGACGUCUCUUUGACGACGAGGCUUGUUUUUGUAUGGCAACAUUAGGUCACUUUUGGGGGGAAAGGACCCCAAAAAGCAACCGAUUACUAAAUUAGCACUAAUCAUUAGGCUUAUUUUGUCCAGUAGGUUCAUUUGAAGCCAUCUCAUCAGCUUCAUUUGAGGUUAUGGGUUUUUUUUGGGGGGGAGGAGGGGUAGGAAGCGUCCCAAGCGUCUACAACUUGCUACUGUUUACACACUCCAUUUCAGUCGGUCUCUGCAGUCUAUCCUGUGCCGGCCAGUAUGCUUUCCGUGGCCACUCCGGCCUGCACCACCGCCCGCAUAAUCACUCUGAAAGAAAUAACAGUCGCCGUCCAUUGUGUGGAACAACUGACGUGCUUCUGCAAAUGUGUGAAUUCCUGCCCUGCUAUUGGAGACCUCUGUCGGUAAAUAAAGAUGGUCGGUAAAUUA